AUGGCAGAGCAUCCAAGCUUCACCAUGGCUGCCCUUUUGGCCGCUGGAGGUACAGCAGGUUAUUUCAAAACACGGUCGAUGCCGUCUCUGAUUGCUGGACUCGGUCUCGGGGUUGGCUAUGGUAUCGCAGGCAUGCGCAUCAAAGAGAACAAAGACUACGGUGUUGAACUCGCCCUUGGCAACAGUCUUUUGCUUUUGGGCUCAGCGAUUCCGCGCAUGGCAAAAACGCAAUUCAGAGCGCCUGUACCCAUUGGGCUGAGCGUCCUUGGAGCCGCAGCGUCAGCUUUUUAUGCAAAGAAGUGGUCAGAGUAUCAGUAUGGCGUGUAG